UGUUUGAAACAUGUAAAUUGCGAAGGCCUGCAAGAUUCAACCAUGGUAGACGUUGCAGAAAAUGCGCAGGUGAAGAAAACCUUCAUUGUUCCUGCCAUCAAACCUUUUGAUCACUAUGACUUCAACAGGGCCAAGGUGGCCAGUAAUCUGGCCUGGUUGGUUGCCAAGGCUUAUGGGGCAGAAAAUGUCCCAAAAGAACUUCAGGAACCUUUCUACACAGAUCAGUAUGACCAGGAGCAUAUGAAGCCUCCAGUAGUGAACCUUCUACUUUCUGCAGACUUGUACUGUCGGGCUGGUAGCCUUAUUCUUAAGAGUGACACUGCCAAGCCUCUUCUGGGCCAUGAUGCAGUCAUCCAAGCCUUGGCUCAACGAGGGCUCUAUGUUACCGACCGUGAAAAACUGGUGACGGAGAGAGACCUGAGAAAGAAGCCUAUUCAGAUGAGUGCCCAUCUGGCAAUGAUUGAUACUUUGAUGAUGGCGUACACCGUGGAGAUGGUCAGCAUUGAAAAGGUCAUUGCAUGUGUCCAUAAAUAUUCCCCCUUCUUCCAGACUGCUGACUUGCCAUAUGACAUUGAAGAUGCUGUCAUGUACUGGAUUAAUAAGGUAAAUGGACACCUGAAAGGAAUUCUGGAGCAAGAGCAACGAAUAAAAGAGCAGCAGGAUCUCGACCCAAACACCACACAGAAGUCUUCUUCCAAAUGGUUUUGGAAACUGGUCCCUGCAAGAUACAGGAAGGAACAGAGUCUGUACAAGCAGUUACCCUAUAUUCCUCUUAUGGAGAACCUCUUAAAGGAUGCAACUGAUGGCUGUGCAAUAGCUGCUCUCAUCCACUUCUACUGCCCGGAUGUGAUUAGAUUAGAAGAUAUCUGCUUCAAAGAAUCAAUGUCCCUGGCCGACAGUCUUUAUAACCUCCAGCUAAUCCAGGAAUUCUGCCAAGAGUAUUUAAAUGGAUGUUGUCAUUUUAAUUUGGAAGACAUGCUAUAUGUUGCAUCCUCAAUUAAGGCCAAUUACUUGGUAUUCAUGGCUGAGCUUUUCUGGUGGUUCGAAGUGGUAAAGCCUUCAUUUGUACAGCCAAGAGUUCUCAAUCCUCAAGCUGCUAUUCGAAGGUCGUCAUCUAUGUCAUAUGUGGAUGGACAGGUUGGAACUUGGCCCAAGGAAAAGCGAUCUUCAUUGCAUGGUGUGUCUUUUGAUAUAUCUUUUGACAAAGAGGAUGGAAUGAAAGUCACAACCCCAAGCAGACCAAUCCGAAGGUCAAUUAGUAAUGAAGGCUUCUCUCUCAAUCUCACUCGGGUACCCAAACACAUCCGUAAAAAUCUUUCCUUCCAGCCAAUUAAUGGGCAAGGGGAGUCAGCUGGCAUUAGUGAAGAAUGGAUUUCUGUUCCAGAAAACUAUAAUGAUUUAUCACCCACCAGCAACCAGUUGGACUCAUUUGAUGGUGAUGAAAACAUGAGGCCAAAUGGACCAGUUGAAAAUAGGGUCAGUAUAGAUCAGCUGGACUCUCCAGUAGAACCCCCAAGCAUAGAAGAAGCACUUGAGAUAAUUCACAACCCAGAAAAGACAUCUGUUAUAGGUGAUCAGAUGAACAAUGGUUUUUUCCUUCAUAGCAAUGAUGUAAAUUUGAGCCUGCAGCUAUCCCUACAAGGUCUUAAAGACACGAAUAUAGACCUGUUUGAGAAAAAAGAAACAUUAAGUCCUGUUACCGACAAUACAGAAGUAGAUACUGGAAUUCAUGUUCCUUCAGAAGAUAUUCCUGAAACCAUGGAUGAAGAUUCUUCUUUGAAAGAUUAUACUGUAAGUUUAGAUUCUGACAUGGAAGACCCUCUGAAACUGCACCAGGACUAUGUUAAUCUUAACUCCAAUCUUAGAGAAGCAGUUAGUCCUUGUCCCAGCUCAGUAAGUGGCAAAUCACAGGCAGGCAGUUCAGCGUCUUCCAGCUCUGGAAUCAAAAUGACCAGUUUUGCAGAGCAGAAGUUCAGAAAACUGAAUAAUGCAGAUGGGAGGAGUAGUGGAAGCAGUUCCCAAAAAACUACCCCUGAAGGUUCUGAACUAAACAUACCUCAGGUGUUUGCAUUUGGCCAAAUUCAAGAGGAAAACCCUUUACCACCGAGCAAAGACACUACACAGCUGUUGGCAUCUGAAGUUGUUCAGCUGAGGAUGAAAUUGGAAGAAAAAAGAAGGGCUAUCGAAGCACAGAAGAAAAAAGUAGAGGCGGCAUUUACUCGCCAGAGGCAGAAAAUGGGUAGAACUGCAUUUCUCACAGUGGUUAAAAAGAAGGGAGAUGGAAUCACUCCCUUACAAGAAGAAGUGGGAAUUUCAGAAAAUGAGAAGAUUCCUCAUGGAACAUCUGAAGCAAAGGAACCAGGAACUUUUCAUGGAAGCAGUGAAAGAAUAAAAGUAAACAGUAAUAAAUCACCUAGAUGGCUGAAAUCCCCAACAUCGCCCAUAGAUACUGAGAAAGCUUGGAGUCUUGUAAGUCCAAGUGAAGAAAACAUGUCUGAGGUGGAUGUAGUGGAAUAUACACAUUCUAUUGAAAAAUUAAAUUCCUCCUUGAACUUUCUCCAGCAGGAAAUGCAGAGAUUAGCUUUGCAGCAGGGCAUGUUGAUGCAAAUGAGGGAGAAGCAGGCCUGGGUUAUCGCUCCACCCCAACCUUCCCCACAGAAGCAGCUACAGCGAGAGACAAAACCAGCAACAAAACCCUCUGUUACAUGGUCUCCAGUCCCUUGUUUUACCAUGGAAUCGCCUCGACAAACUCACAGAUCACCCCAGGCUUCAGUGAAAAGGACUGGGUCCUUCUCUUCAAAACCCCAGAAAACUCCUCGUCCCAAUGAACUUAAAAUAACACCUUUAAACCGUACUUUAACACCUCCACAGUCCGUAGAUAGUCUUCCUCGUCUGCGAAGGUUUUCUCCAAGCCAGACUCAGACAAGAUCAUUUGUAUACUUUGGAGAUGAUAAAAAUCCUGGAACACUAGAGCAGGAAGUUAAGUAUGAUCUAGAGACUGGUAGUGACAUUUCCAGAAAUGAGGAAUCUUGGAAAGGAAUGUAUUCUUAUCAAACUUCUGCAAAUAGAAUAGAAGUAGAGAAAAAGCCAAUUAAAUCAACAGUGUCUGAGGUUUUAUCCCAGCCUAUUAAAGAAACUGUAUGUGUAACGCCAAAUGAUGAAACAUUUAGCCAGAGAAGCUUCUCCACCUCCAAAAAUGCAAGUCUGAUUGAAGUCCCCCUCUCAAAGUUACAGCCUCCAAAUGAGGUACCUGAAGGGGAUGAAGUGGAACCAGAGAAAGAUCCUGUCACUGAAGACCAGAAAGUUUGCUGUGGCUUCUUUUUUAAGGAUGAUCACAAAGAGGAAAAUGAUAUGGCUGCCAAACGCGCUGCUCUGCUGGAGAAGAGGCUUCGGAGAGAGCGUGAAAAUCAGCAAAAGAAAAUGGAGCAGGAAAUGGAGCAAGAGAUGAAGAAAGAAGAGGCCAGAAGAAAGUCGGAAGAAGAGCGAAAUAAGAAAGAAGAUGAGAAGGCUAGACGAGAGUAUAUCAAACAGGAAUACAUGCGCAGGAAGCAGCUCAAGUUAAUGCAAGACAUGGAUUCUGUUAUAAAACCUCGAAUGAACCUUAGCAAGUCUAAAAAGCCUCGACCCAAAUCCAUCCAUAGAGACCAUCAGGCUGAAUCACCUAGAACACCCACUGGGGGCCCUCCAGUGUCUACUUUAUCCCUGGCCUCUCUGAAUGCAGGUGACAAUGAAAGUGUGAACUCUGAUAAAAGAACGCCAAGGUCGGAGUCUGUGGAGGGAUUUCCAUCGCCUGGCCGCUGUGGCAGUCGUAAUGGCGAAAAAGAUUGGGAGAAUGCAUCUACUACUUCUUCAGUAGCAUCUGCAACAGAGUAUACAGGACCAAAAUUAUACAAAGAGCCCAGUGCAAAAUCCAAUAAAUAUAUCAUCCAGAAUGCUAUUUCUCAUUGUUGUCUGGCUGGCAAAGUUAAUGAAGGUCAAAAGAACAAGAUAUUGGAGGAAAUGGAGAAAUCCAACGCCCACAAUUUCCUGAUUCUCUUCCGCGACUCAGGAUGCCAGUUCCGAUCAGUGUACACCUACUAUCCAGAAACCGAGGAGAUUAAUAAGCUGGUGGGAAUUGGGCCACGUUCCAUAUCCCGGAAAAUGAUUGAUGGCCUCUAUAAGUAUAAUUCUGAUCGUAAGCAGUUCAGCCACAUUCCAGCCAAAACCAUGUCUGCUAGUGUUGACGCUGUGACCAUCCACAGCCAUCUAUGGCAGGCUAAGAGACCUGCCACCCCCAAAAAACUUCUCUCUCCCAAGGCAUAGCAAUGACAGGCAAAGAAAGGACCCGCCUGAUAUUUUCCUGACAUGAAUCAUUACUUAUUGCCAAUGAGACCCUUGGAUGAACACAGACUCUUCCUAUGGCUGUCUACACACAACUGGAAUGUAGGACAGUAUU